AUGGAUACCUUUAUUGGACUUAUUGAUGCAGCCUCUUGUCUCAAAAGACAUAUUCAAAAUGAAAUUAAAACAAAAGAGGAUCACAACAAGGAUUUAACUGAUGCAAAAGGGACGCAAUCCUCAGUUGUUUCAAGUGAUGCUUCUCGCUGUGAACGAGCUCAAUCUUCAGAGAGUGGUGGCUGGGCCAGAAAGAAACUUCGUUUUGAUCAAAACGGAGCUUCAAGCAAGCAAUCAUCUAACGCAUCACCUAAACAUCAGCAACAAAGCAUUGAUGUUCAACAACAAAAUGCUAGCCAAGGACCUCUGACUAUUAUCCAAUGUACCGAUGGAGGUAGCGAUAGUGGACUUUAUUUGCUCUCUGAAGUGCUAAUCCGUAGCAUGGAAAAUAAUAUUACAUUAGAGGUUGCACAACUUCUUAGAGACUUGAGAUAUCAACGGAUGUCACUUGUCAAAAAUCCCCAACAAUACAAAUUUAUUUAUGAUCUUGUUGCAUUUUAUGAACGUAAAAAUAGACUUGUUUGA